AUGAAAAUUCAGGAUUCUCAGAGUGCGAUGCUCGGAGGACAGCAUAGGCAGCAGGAUGAGUUCAAGCACCUGACCUCUGGUCCCGAGCUGGACCUGUCUCCUGGAGCUUACUACAAGGCUCGUGAGAGUGCGUAUGAGUACCUCAAGGAGGACCUGACGCAAAUCGAAGACUUUUCCCAUGAGAUGAUGGAGCACUUGAAGCUUGGCAUGGGAACAUUCAACCCCAAUGCGGCACAUCAGACGAGCGGAUAUCUUUCAUGGCAGCACGGGCCAAGGGUGAUGGGCUGUGUGGAUAGGAAGCGACGAUUCUCAUGGAGUGGGGCAGCGGCGAAUCGCGAUAGCCAACAGAAGGACAAUGCGAUUCAAACGCUGUUGGAAGACAUGCAGAGAGAAGAAGUCAAGACUGCGGCCAUGCGAGACCAGUGCCAUUCCGCUGUAGUCUCAGCAUAUUCCAAGGAAGAGGCUUAUCAAAAACAAAUUGCUGAUCUCAAGAGACAAAAUACCAUUCUGUUCAACCUGUCACGAAGGUACGAGUCAAUCACCAAAGAGAUCAAGGAAAGUUUGAGCCUGGCGUGCCGAGAUGAUCGCAAGUCAUUGGCAGCCAAAGUCACUCAGCUCGACUCUCGACUAAGCGCCCUGACGCAUGGAGAAGAAGACAAGUCUGAUGAGACUUUCCAUCGCCAGAAUGUACCAAGACAACCGGCAAAGUACGGAGAUCAUGAAACACCGGGAUACCACCUUCGAGCACCUGAAAUUCACCGAGGAGCUCGAGCUGCAGCCUACCAACAUUCACGUCGAGCAAAAGUGCUCCUCCUUCUCUUCCCUCUGAAGCUGACAUUCACAACCUCCCCAGAGCUCGCUCGUCUCCGACCUCCAAGUCUCCCAAGUCAGGUUCCUGGCAGUAUCUGCGGAUGCCCGGCUGUCUUACUGUAUGUUGUUGGACUAGUAGAGAGCACGGAGGGUACAGGGCUGCUCCGGCUCUCCCUCUCCCCAAUCAGGAGACAGAGGAUGCGUUCGACGGACGUGCGGACCGGGGGGCUCAAGACCAGCUUCUUAUCACCGCAGAACGAGGUGGAGGCGCUGCUCUACGACCGAUCCAAGAGAGGAGGUGAAGGUGGCUUGAGAACCUGGCGCGGGCUGACGGCAGGGGCUGCAGGAAGGUUCGACGAAGGGCUGAAGAUGAUCGAGAAGGCCAAGGUCGUCCCAUGGCAGUUCUCGUCUCCUUCCUCGCAGCCUCCUUGA